UCCAUCUUAUGGUUCACUCCCCAAAUGGCUACAGCCAACACAUAUGGGCCAAGCAGAAGCCAGGAACCAGGAACUCCAUCCUGGUCUCCCACAUGGGUAGCAGGGGCCCACGUACCUGGACCAUCAUCCACUGUCUUACCAGGUGCAUUAGUAGGAAGCUGGAUCAGAAGCAGAGUAGCUGGGUUUUGAACUGGCUCUUCAAUAUGGAGUGCCACAAUUCCUGCCCCCAAUUUUUAAACAAAAUACCUGCCUUCCACAUCUUCACUUCAACAUCCCUUCAUCAGCAACUAUGGCAGGUUUGCUGCAGCAUUUGAUGGCUUGUCGUUAUUUAAUUCAUCAUUUAAGUUUGCUUUGCCCCUGACCCCAGCAGUCUCUUCCCCAUCAGCCCAGGCUUGACUGCCGGAUGUUUCAUUUUGCAGGAGCAGAUAAUCUACGGAUAAAGGUCACCCCCACCCCAGAGUCAUUUCCACACGGAAAAUGGUUACCGAUUUCACCCACAUGGCCUUUCUCAGAAGCCGAGUCUUCUCCAGCAGUGGACAGAAUGAAGAACGUGCAGGGCCCGUCCCCUCACAACACGAGCCUGCUGCAGCCGGCCUGGACACCUGCGCCCAGGCCGCCCCGCAGAACCAGGGCUCACGUGGACUUCUCCUCUUCCCUUUACCAAGGAAGUGGACAUAGCGCCUCCCUUGAACCUUCAAAGGAUUCCACUGAGUCUCUGGUGCAACCGAGGCCUCGAGGGGGAAGAGAAGCGGCUGACGUGUCAGGUUUGCCUCGCACCAGCAUGCCCCCCACAUUGUCCAGGGUCCUGCUGGUGGCCUCGAGUACCAGCCUCCCGACCCGGCCAGCAUGGGCGGGGACUCCCUCCCUUUCUGCUCAUCCCCUGAGGGCAGACGUUCACUCACCUCCCCCUCCCCCUUCAUCAUCCCCAUUGGACCCCGACUCACCUCCUCCCAUCUCCUUUUCUAAGCAACCUGAAGAGCAGUCCACCCAAAUGCCGCCGUUCCCCCGAACAGCUCCUGCCGACUCCCCUGUAAGUCAGAGCGUAGCUAAUCCCCUAAACCUGUUUUCUGAUGAGGUGAACCAGAAUCCAUCCCCAAAGACCCAGGAUUUCAAAGGCAUCCCUCAUGUAGGCUCUUCUGGAUUUUCAACAAAAGAGUAUUUGGAGCUGUCCCCAGCAGAGGGCCCCCCCUCUGCAGGCUCUCCCAUACCCCUGGCACCUGAAAGUCCUCCUCGGCUUUCACAUGGAACCCCCUCCAGGUCUGUGUGGGAAGUGGCUCCAAGUCCUGUGUCCACCCAGCCCAUCAGUGCCGAGGUGGCCGAGGUGGCCGAGAGAGGGCACCACGGGGUGCCUUUGCCAACACUCAAGAACACAGCAGCAGCAACCCGUGAGGCUGAGCCUUCAUUUUUCCAGACUGCAGAAGCAGUGGCCGUUGACAUGACUGGCAGCAGAGAGCUGGCCCCUGCAAGUGCAGAGGAGGGCUCUGCUAACCUGCCGAGGCUGUCGGCAACUCCAGAGAGAUCUCUCACGUCUUCCUCUCCAGUGCCUUCUGUGCCUUUCACCCCACCGGGGCAAGGGCGAGCUGCCCUUUCUGGGGCAGUUUCGGCAUCGAGUGGGACCAAGCAUCGUGCCCCUCCACCUCCUGUGCCUGAGAUGCCCACUCCUCAAGAGGACAAGGAUGGAUCCCCUUCUGCCGUGGCCACAGACGUCCUCCGCUCCAGCCGGCUUCCUAAUCGGCUCUCCGGGACUUGGGCUGUUCCCCUGCAGAAGCAGCACAGCAUGGCAGGCCUGUUCAGGGAGAGCAAACAGACAAGCGUGACGCUUCCUUUCCAGGCCCUUCCAAGUACAGAGGUUCCGAGUCUCCUCGCCAUAACUGGAUUCACCUCCGACUUCAACCCUGAUCGGAUUUCGUCUCCCGUCCUGACCACACCAAGAGCAAGCCUCUUUCCUUCAGCAUCACCUCCAGCUUCCACACACUCCACGCACACCUACCAGCCAGAGGCCUCGUCGCCUGGCUUUCCCCAUGCCCAGCCGGAGACUUAUGCACCUGCUGUGGCCCAUUCUGAGUUGCCAGCUUCAGCUCCCAAGCAGGUGACAGCAUUUUCCUCCUCCACCGACACCUAUGGUUUUUCAACAAUGGGAGACCGGGAAAAGCCAGCAGUCACAGAUGUCUUGUGGAAUCCUCUUUCAGCAGGAACCGGAUCCCUUUCCAAAGCACCAGAGUUGCCUGGCUUGCACCAGCAAACAAAUUAUGAUUUAAGUGGACACACAAUUAACUCUCCAAGUUGGGAAAGUCAUCCUGUUUCAACUAAUUCUCCCAGCGGUUCCACCAUAGCUAUCACUGCAAGAAGAUUUCAGCAUUUCAAAGAUAUUGCUGGGCAUUGGGUGACCACAGAAGGCCCUACCAUUCUGGACCUAGUCUUUGGUUCCAGUCUCAACCAGCUCAAGUCAGAUGUGACCAUGGUUGGAAGCAAUACAGAUAUCUGGCCCACAAACAGUAACAGCCAUUCUAGAAACUUCCAAGUAGCUGAGAUUGAGUAUUACCCAGUCUCAUGGCAACAAUCCGGGUCUCAUUCCCGUCUACAGCUGCCUGCCCAGCCAACACAUUCCUUUUUUCAGCCCUCUCCAAGUCUGACUUCAACAGCCACCUUGCAGGAAAUAUUUUCAGAUGGGACAGAUACAGGUUCCCAGAUUCCCAUCUCUCCGUCACCUGUGAUAAAUGCUUCCACAUCAUCAUUCCAGAGUGUCCUGAGAUAUCACUCAGCAGCUGACUCUCCUCCUCUGUCGACCAGUGCCUUUUCCAGGACCCCCUUCAAAGUGCCACGGGCUUCUCAGCACCCCAAGAAAUGGACAGUGGACUUCUCAGUAUCAUCCAACGUAGAACCAACAACAGCAGCAACCACAUUGUUUCUGAGAAAAUCAAGUACACAGGCCAUGUCUGCAGCCCUGGUUGCCAGGGGCACCAGCAGCAGUGGAUUAGCCAAGAGUAGUUUGACCACUGUGCCAGCUAAAAAUAUCACAAACAAGGCAGCAUCUGGCCCAAAGGUGGUGCCAGGGGCAGUCCAUACAGCCUUCCCGUUCACACCAACCUACAUGAUGUCAAGAACAGCACACACUGUGAGCACACAGCCAGCCAUGCAAGGGAACCCUGGCACUGCCUCUGGCCUGUUGUCCACAACACACCUUCCCAGGAAAUCACAAGCCAUGCAUACCGGCCUCCCAAACCCUGCCAACCCAGAGGUGCCCAGAGUGUCCACCCCACGGCCCCUGACGGUCACGGCAGCAUUGGCAUCUGGUACAGCACCAGUAAAGGCUACUCGGUGGCCAUCUUCGCCAUCAGAAAACACUGAUGCUGCUCUUCCUGCGGUGUCGACUGCGGUGGUCACCAUCGGCAAGAUGGCAUCCAAUCUGGAGUGCCAGAUGUCCAGGAAGCUCCUGGUGAAGACAGUUCUCUUUGUGAUGCCGAGGAGAGCACAGACCAGCGAGUCCUUGAAGCUCACCGUGGCAAAGGGGCUCACGCAGGCCUUGCGGAAGGCUUUCCGCCAGAGUGACGUGGUCGCCCAUGUGGACAUUCUGGAACAUUCUCACAAUGUCACAGUUGGCUAUUAUGCUACCAAAGGGAGAUUAGUGUACUUGCCUGCGGUAGUGAUGGACAUGCUGGGCGUUUACGGAGUCAGCAAUGUCACUGCAGACCUGAAGCAACACACCCAAAACUUGCAGUCCGUGGCGGUCCUUGCCUCCCCAUGGGUUCCCCAGCCCGCGGGCUACUUCCAGCUGAAAACAGUGCUGCAGUUCGUGAGCCCAUCAGACAACAUACAGUCCUGCAAGUUUGCUCAGACUAUGGAGCAGAGACUGCAGAAGGCCUUCCAGGAUGCUGAGAGGAAAGUCCUGAAUACUAAAAGCAACUUGACGGUGCAGGUCGUGAGCACAUCCAACGCCUCGCAGGCAGUCACCUUGCUGUACGUCGUGGGCAAUCAGAGCACCUUCCUCAAUGGCACCGUGGCCAGCAGCCUCCUUAGCCAGCUCUCAGCUGAGCUGGUGGGAUUCUACCUCACCUACCCGCCACUCACCAUCGCCGAGCCACUGGAAUAUCCCAACCUUGAUAUAUCAGAAACUACCAGAGACUACUGGGUAAUUACAGUGCUGCAGGGCGUGGACAAUUCGCUGGUGGGCCUGCACAACCAGAGCUUCGCCCGGGUCAUGGAGCAGCGCCUGGCCCAGCUGUUCAUGAUGUCCCAGCAACAAGGCCGGCGGUUUAAACGGGCCACCACCCUGGGAAGCUACACUGUGCAGAUGGUCAAGAUGCAGCGUGUGCCAGGACCGAAGACCCCCGCGGAGCUGACCUACUACACACUGUACAACGGGAAGCCUCUGCUGGGGACUGCAGCAGCCAAGAUCCUCAGCACCAUUGACUCCCAAAGGAUGGCCUUGACCCUGCAUCACGCGUCCUCCUCCUGCAAUCGACC